AUGGACCGUCAAGCACCGGCUCCAAAUGGAGGCUCCUAUGAAGAUGUCUUGGACAUGCAGUUGAAGAGCCUGCACGAAACGUUGCUGCAACAACACAAGAUAGAGAAGGAGCGGCUUGACCAGUCCUGGCGCAACCGCCUCAGCAGCGAGCUCGGCGCGCGGGCUUGGAAGGAGUCUCGGGAAGCGCUCGACGGCGAUCACGAGGAGGCAGAGACUGCAGACUCCGAUGGUCCCUCAGCUUGGCAGCUUUGGGCACCGUUUACGGGGCAUCUCUCAGCGCCACUCUCGAUGCCAAUGGGAGAUCCCGAUGCGGCAGCCGGGGACGGUCCGGCGUCGGUCCCGUAUCGGUGGGCUGACCUCACACUGAAACUGGCAAACCGCAGUGCGCAGACGUCGGAAAAUGAGAUGAUUUCCAACACAUCCGUGAAUUGCAGCUUGGUGAUGCAUCAAGCGUGGACGAUCUCAGUCCAGGAGGCCAUGAAACGACACCAGACUCGGAACUACCACAUGCCGGGGGCCGAGGAGUCGGCUUCCACGCUGAAGAUGAACGAGGCAAUCUUGGACUCUUCGUGUCUCCAGCGCUUCGUGAUUGCUCCGGGCAGCACGGCCCAGCUCAUGUUGUCGGCUCUUUGUAGCCUCCUCAUCGUAUGGGAUCUGAUUACAAUUCCCUUAGAGCUGUUCGACUUGCCCUCGCUCUACGGCUUUCUGCUCACUUUUGGCAAGGCCACUUUCGCAUUCUGGACCCUGAACAUACCACUGCAGUUCAUACUCGGCGUGGAGCUGCAGGGCAAGAUUGAAGUUCGGCCAGCCGUGUUAGCGCGGCUUUACUUGCAAAGCUGGUUCGCAAUGGACGUGAUUGUCGUGGCUCUUGAUGCGGUGCUCAUACUUCUGGAAGACCAAGAGGCUGGCAGCCUGAAGUCGGCACGCUUCCUCCGCGCGCUCCGUCUGCUGCGCCUGGUGCGGCUCCUGCGCGUGGCAAGGCUGCAGCACCAGCUCACCCUUCUGGCGAAUCGCUUUCUCUCAGCAAACGCGUUCGUGGUCAUGAAGGUCGUUGCUGGCCUCUCCGGUAUUCUCGCGGUGAACCACCUCAUCGCAUGUGUUUGGUACGGCCUCGGCAGCUGGACAGUCGAUGGCCGGAGCUGGAUCGUGCGGAUGGAGAUGCAGGAGGCAGAUGCCUUGGAUUACUACGCCACAUCCAUACACUGGGCCCUGACACAAUUCACGCCGGCAACGAACAACGUCGCUCCAGAGAAUGCAGUCGAGAGGUUCUUCGCAAUAUUUGUGAUCUUGUUGGCGAUGGGAAUGUUCUCCUCCUUCAUUAGCUCUCUGACCUCCACGGUGAGUGCAUAUCGAAACGCGCGGAUGGAGCAGUUCCAUCAGCACUCCCUGCUCCUCCGAUUCUUUACGGAGAGGAAUCUGUCGACGGAUCUCUAUGGCAAGAUUCGGGAGGUCAUCCGGAAAGAGCGGCAUACGGGAAUCAGGUUGAAGGAGGACGAAGUCCAUCUUCUGCAGAAG